GGGAAAUAAUAAGUAAGAAGAGGACGGAAAACAAAAGAAGUUAAUAGCAGACAUCGAAAGUGGAAUAACUAAUCGUUUAUACAUUUAUUAAUUGUUUACAAUAAUGACAAUGUCUUGCGUGAAGUAUCACAUUUAGGUCAUUGGGAAUGAUUUCUAUUAAUGCCCCGUAAAAGAGCCAGAAAGACAGAUAAGUCUCCCCUGCGGUUCCUGGAGCGACCUUUGUGUGGAGCCAGACUCCAAAAUGUGCCUGAAGUCCGAGCAGCACUCAACCCCAGAGAGUAUUUCACAGAAACACAGAACCAGAACCAGAACCAGAACAGCUCAGCUCUUAACUCUUGGGUAAGCCCACAGUUUGACAGUACAGUUGCAGCUGCACCUCUACCGAGACGAGGGAGGAGAAAAUGCCACUCCACUACAAGCAUCAUUCACAGUUGCAGUCAGCUGUCCAGGAAAACCAGCGUGUGCAGAUUCCCCUCGUUAUCAUUUCAGACAAGGUCAAGAGACCAUUCUCAUCAGCCAAAGAGUACACGCACAAAGAAGUCUGCAGCGUCUACUGUUGUGUCUGACGCUGGAAAUCAACCACAGGGAUCGGGCCAAAUCAGAAGGACAGUUUCAAGUGCCCAGGACUCAGACACACCAAAGAGACAGCCGACCUCAAUCAGAAAACGCAAUGUGGAGAGACUUUCAGAUUGUGCUGCAUCUUCCAGCAGAUGUUUGGACCAGCCUGAAACUCCAUCGAUUCAAGCGGCAGAGAAAUACAGAAUUUCAGCAGAUGGUGUUUCCACACCUGUUUCCACUGAGUUCUGUAGUGUCAGUCCACCACCUGAUGUGGACACUCCAACAGUAAUUCAAGAGGGGAGUCCCUCCCUCAGCUCUCUACACUGGCUCCUGGCUCAGCCGUGCACACCACCAUGUAAUCAGCCACCUGACAUUUUAGUGGCUGACACACCAGAGAGGGAUUAUGGGGUGAAGGUGACGUGGAGGAGGAGGAGGGGGUUGAUGAUGCUGUUAAAAGAGAGGGGCCACCUCUCUGAUGCAGAUGCAUUAAUUCACAGCUGAUGUAGAGAUUUGGGACAAAGAGGAUCAGGCUGUGAUAUCAACAGAGAAGAGACAUUAUCAUCGGACCACUUCUGUGACUGUAAUUCUUUCUAUGAACUUUUUUUCUUGCACUGAAUGGAGUUGCUGCAUUUUACUGCAUUUGACCGUUUAUUUCAAUUAAACUUCAUGAUAAGCAAAGGAUGUUAUAACAUUGUCACACAACCAGUCUGCACAGUAGUUGUCAAGAAUUGAAAAAUCAAAUCAAACAAUGGACAAAUUGCAAUAAUAACAUCAGUAUCCAAAUCCCCUGUUUUUACAUCUGACAAUUUCUUAAGACCGAUCCCAUAUAAACUGUACUGUUUGUUGUAGAUUAUAUUGCAAAUCAAAGCAAGCCCUUUUUCUUAAACACUUUGGGAGCCUAUUGUUGGUUAUUGUUCCACCAAAUUUUCUGACCUGUCAAAAUCUGUCACCCAGUUCCCAAUUCCUAACUACUCAAUGACUCACAAAAUUCAACAGUAUAUUAAAGGGAGUCUGGUACCAGGUCACAGGAUCUGACUGUUUUUCAGUUUUCUUGUGCUUCAUCAUUUUAAUGGCAGAUAUGUGAAAUGAGGUUGUGUCUAUCUGGACUGUAACUGGUGUAAAAUGCACACUAUUAAGUAAACAUUAAGUUUAUCACAUGAAAUCUUGAGUGCGUGCUGUAAUUAAACGGAGGGUGCUGCUGAAAUAUAAUUUGAGCUGCUCUUGGUGGUUGUGAGCAAUGCUGUCUA